GUUGAAGAAGCGAUUCAGAUGCCGGUGUACUAUGGACGUAGAGAACCGUUUUCCCGCGUGCGUGGCAACGAUUUGGAAAACAAAUGUGCUCACUUAGUCCGCGAGCUACCGCUGCAGCCACAGUCCAUGUCGUUGGUGGAUCUACAGCUCUGGAUCUUCAGGCUGUUCCGGCUCCAUCCAGAAACACAAGAUCUCAAUAUCAAGGGGUUCCUCAAGCAACGCAAAACUGAUUUCUUUGACGAAGAGUCCUCCGAAACCGGACUGUUGUUUGGAGGACUACCCGUGGGGCAUGAAUGAGUUUCUGACUGACAAAUGCUGGAGCUCCUUUGCAAAUAAAUUGAAGAGAAAAAAACAUGUGACGCAGAAGUUCAUGUUGUAUGUGCAAUCCUCUGAGGUCAGGCACUACGGCAUUUUGCUCAAAGCCGUACAUGAUGAUUACUCUCAACUGGCCACGGUUGUGUUGCCUGGGACGGAGUGCCUGGCAAGUAGUCGCUACGCCUUCCGUGACCUUGUGGAUGACCUGACGAUGACAGCUCAGGAAUUGGUACAUUAUCUCACUGGACCCUUAGGUGAGAAGAUUAGUCCCGCUGAGACGUGGAGGGCAAGACAGUUUGCUCUGGAGAGGGAAUUCGGCACCUUUUACGAUUCACACAACUUUGCCCCGAGGUUGCUCAAGGAAAUAGCACGCAAGAACCCUGGUUGUUUUGUUGACAUCAAGGAUGCAGAGGUUGCAGAGUGUAAGGGUUUCCGAGUCCUGCACCGUAUGUUUUGGGCAUUUGGACAGUGCUUACAGGCCUUCCGUACCUGUCGCCCUGUUCUAUGCAUCAAGGGCACACCACUAUGUGGGAAAUAUCAAGGGAUGUUGUUGACUGCUGUGGCAUUGGAUGCUAAUGAUUUUUACAUUCCAGUAGCAUGUGCUAUCGUUGAGGUUGAGACCAAGGAAAGUUGGUUGUGGUUUCUUAGUAAUUUGGAGCGAGCAGUGGUGCAUCAGUCUGAUGUGUGUCUUAUACACGACUACAAAAGGGAGUUGAUUGAAGCUGUGGAAGACCUUCUGAAAUACCAAUAUCGACAGUGGCAUAAAGCAGAAAGCCGGUGGUGCAUGGAAGACCUUGCUGAAAACUUCUUUGCGUAUUUUGGCGACAAGAAGCUGCUGCUGAUGUUCAAGAAACUUUGCCAGCAGAAGAGACGCCAUAAGUUUGGUAAAAUCUGGAAGGAGCUAGACGAGUUAACGUCCAGACAUGCAGCAGGAAUCAGUCAAGCAUGACGUGGAGGAGCU